UGAAAUCAGCCUCUGGGUGGGAAUAAAAAGUACAUUUCUGCCCUAACCUUGCUCUAGUCCAAGCUCCUGGAUGUGUGCAGAGCUCUCAUGGCGUUCUGGGUGAUUCUCCUCUGUACGUUGAUAGCAUCGCUGCUCGGUGGGCUCUUCUUCCUGGGCAUGUUUCGAAGACGAAGACCCAACGAGCCACCUCUGGACAAAGGUACCAUUCCCUGGCUGGGUUAUGCACUGGAUUUCAGAAAGGACAGUUCAGAGUUUCUCAAAAGGAUGCAGAGAAAGCAUGGGGAUAUUUUCACGGUGCUGAUCGGAGGCUAUUACUUCACCUUUGUGAUGGACCCUUUCUGCUUUGGAGCCAUCGUGAAGGAAUCACGAUCUAAACUGGACUUUAAGUCUUUUGCGAGUAAACUGGUCCUGCAGGUUUUUGGCUACAAAGCCAUCGAAGCCAACCAUAGCAUCAUUCAUGCAUCGAGCACGAAGCAUCUGAUGGGAGAUGGACUCACUGUCAUGACACAAGCCACCAUGGAGAACUUUCAGAAGCUGAUGCUUUUCAGUCUGAGCUCAGGAGAGGAGAAGAAAGGGUGGCGAGAGGACAGCCUCUUCCACUACUGCUACAACAUUGUCUUCAGAGCCGGAUACCUGGCUCUGUAUGGCACUGAGCCACACCAAGGGGCAGAUAACAAGGAAAAAGCUGACGAGCAAGAUCGCAUCCACUCCAACCAGGUGUUCCAUGAGUUUCGGAAGUACGACCGCCUCUUCCCUCGCCUGGCCUAUGCUGUGUUGCCUCCCAAGGACAAAAUAGAAGCUGAACGUCUGAAGAGACUCUUCUGGAGCAUACUGUCUGUGAAAAAGAGCUGGCAGAAGGACAAUAUCAGUGGGUGGAUAAGUGAUCAAAACCAGCUUCUGGCAGAAAACGGUGUCCCUGAGUAUAUGCGAGAUCGUUUCAUGUUUAUGCUCCUCUGGGCAUCCCAAGGCAAUACGGGGCCAACUGCUUUCUGGCUGCUUUUGUAUCUAAUGAAACAUCCAGAAGCUAUGCAGGCUGUGAAGGAUGAAGUAGAUAAAGUCUUAAGGGAGAGUGGCCAGGAGGUGAAGCGAGGGAGCCCACCAGUUAACAUCACUAGAGACAUGUUAAACCAGACUCCUCUUCUGGACAGUGCUCUGGAGGAGACCCUGAGGCUGGUUGCAGCCCCAAUCCUGAUCAGAGCUGUCCUCCAGGACACCAGCCUCGAGACGAGCAGUGGGACAAAGUACACUCUUCGCAAAGGAGACAGGGUGGCUCUCUUCCCCUACAUCUCUGUGCAGAUGAACCCAGAAAUUCACCCCGAGCCUCACGAGUUUAAGUACGACCGCUUCAUAAACCCAGACGGCACCAAGAAAGAUUUCUACAAAAAUGGGAGGAGGCUGAAAUACUUCAACAUGCCGUGGGGGGCAGGAGUAUCCAUCUGUCCUGGGCGGUUCUUUGCUACCGCUGAAAUGAAACUGUUUGCAUUCCUGAUGCUAAGUCAUUAUGACCUGGAGCUCGUCAAGGGAGAAGAGGAGAUCCCAGCGAUAGAUAUCAGCCGCUGGGGAUUCGGGACAAUGCAGCCUGUUCGUGAUGUUCGGUUCCGAUAUCGACUACGCUCUUAA